AUGGCCAUUGUUACCUGCUUGGUUGGUUUGCACUACGGUCACAUCAUUAACCAUUUUAAGGAUCACCGGAACAGAGUUCUGCACUGGACUAUUUCAUCCACGUCUCUCGUAGUCUUAGGCCUUGGAAUGGACUUAUUUGGUAUGCGUAUAAACAAGGCUCUUUACACAUUCAGUUACAUGUGUAUGACAGCUGGUUCUGCCGGCAUUAUCUUUGCAGGAAUCUACUUGAUGGUUGAUGUUUGCAGCUACCGGCGUCCAACUAUUGUACUGGAGUGGAUGGGGAAGCAUGCAUUGGCAAUUUUUGUUCUUGUAGCUUGCAAUCUCUUGCCAGUUAUUCUUCAUGGAUUUUACUGGGGCAAGCCUCAGAAUAACAUUCUCACCUUAGUUGGAAUUGGAAAAUGA